UAUAUGGAUGGAAGACUACUUAUAUCUUCACUUACUCGAUCUUUCUUGUGUGACACUGAAAGAGAAAAGUUUUGGAAAAUUGGAAACAAGGAAAGAGAUGGGGAAUAUGGAGCUUGUUUCUUUCCUGGAAGAUGUUCUGGGGGCCAGCAACCUCUGAUAUAUUGUGCUCGCCCUGGCUCCAGGAUGUGGGAGGUGAAUUUUGAUGGCGAAGUUAUAAGUACACAUCAGUUCAAGAAACUCCUUUCAUUGCCACCUCUCCCUGUGAUUUCUCAAAGAUCGGACCCUGAGUAUGAUCAUACAGUUGGAUCCUCCCAGUCUUUGUCUUUCCCCAAACUCUUGUAUCUUAGUGAGCAUUGUGUGCUGACUUGGACAGAAAGAGGAAUUUAUAUUUUCAUUCCUCAGAACGUUCAAGUUCUUCUUUGGAGUGAAGUCAAAGAUAUUCAGGAUGUAGCUGUCUGUAAGAAUGAACUGUUCUGUUUGCACGUAAAUGGGAAAGUCUUACAUCUUUCCCUGUUAUCUGUGGAGCGCUGUGUGGAACGCCUGCUGAGGAGAGGCCUAUGGAACCUGGCUGCUCGCACAUGCUGUCUUUUCCAAAAUUCUAUCAUUGCUAGCAGAGCAAGAAAAACGCUGACUAUAGAAAAAUUGGAGCAUUUGAAAUAUCAGCUGGACCUUGCAACCUAUAGUGAUUUAAUUUCUCAACUUGAAGAAUUGAUCUUAAAAUUUGAACCUUUGGAUUCAGCUUGCAGCAGUAGAAGAAGCUCCAUUUCAUCACAUGAAAGUUUCAGUAUUUUGGACUCUGGUAUUUAUCGUAUCAUUAGUAGUAGAAGAGGCAGUCAGUCGGAUGAAGACUCUUGCUCCCUUCACAGCCAAACCCUCUCAGAAGAUGAGAGACUUAAAGAAUUCACCUCACAUCAGGAAGAGGACCAGCCAGAUCAGUGUUGUGGCUCACCUGGGAAUGAAGGUAUGAAUGUGUCUGUUAUGGAAGAAGGAGACCUACCAAUGAGAUUAAAGUUAUUAGAUGAUUCAGUUCCUUUUGAUAGUCCUUUGUUGAUUGCUUAUGCUACCCGGUUGUAUGAGAAGUUUGGGGAAUCUGCUCUUCGAUCCUUAAACAGGUUUUAUCCAUCCAUUUUGCCUUCGGAUAUCAUGCAACUUUGUCAUCAUCAUCCUGCUCAGUUUUUGGCCUAUUUAGACAGUCUGGUGAAAUCAAGGCCCGAAGAUCAGCGGUCGUCCUUCCUUGAGUCCUUUCUACAGCCAGAGUCUUUAAGAUUGGAUUGGCUGCUUUUGGCAGUGUCUCAUGAUGUUCCACCAAGCACAAGCACAAUGGAUGAUGAAGGAUGCCCCAGGGCUCAUUCACACUUGCUUUCCUGGGGUUACAGUCAGCUGAUCCUUCAUCUA